UGUAAACAAGUUUUAAUUUGUUAUCAAAAAUAUAUUUAUUAACAGGAAAAUACAUUUAAAUAAUAAUUAAUGGAGAACCUAAAGCCAGCAAUUUUGGUGAAAGAUGAUAUAUAUAUGAAGGAACUCUCUUCAGAAGAAUUUAAAAGAAUUUUGAAUUCCUGGCUUGAAGAAAAAGGUGUUUUGUUAGACAUGAAAUCAUAUUUGAAGUUUCAAAUGAUUAAUAUGUUACGAAGUACAGUUAUUGGAAAUAAUAUAUGUAAGAAACCAGUUUACUCGCUUGCUCAGCAAGCAGUUCAUUUGAUUGUUGCUGAAUAUUUAUUACAAAAUAAGUGCAAUUUCACAUUGUCUGUGUUCAAUACAGAAGUUCAAUUAACAAAUAUUUUACCAGAAGCAAAAUUAUUUAGGAGUGUUUCUACAGACAGUGAACAUUCCAAAGUUUUUGAUAAAGAAAAUUUGGAAAAUAUAUUAGAGUUAAUAGGAUUCCCUAAACAAACUGAACAGUUUUUAAAUAUUGUUGAAAACUAUUUAAGUCAUAACUGUUCAUUAUUAAGUUGCUUAGUGAAUUUUUACAGUAAUAAUAUAGUGGUGCCUAAAGAAAAUAAACAUGAUUUAAGUUUUAAUAGUGCAGAUGAUAAUGAUGUAGAUGAAUUCUUGACAAAUAUUUUUCAAAUUAUUCAUACUUCUAAAUCACAGCCCUCAACUCAAAAAUAUUUAAAGGAAAACAUCAAGCAUUGUUACAAUUUAAAAUUGAAAUCAUUUGAAUCCCAAUGUAUUCAAUUAGUUGAUAAGUUUAAAAAAGAACUGGACCACAGAGCAUCAAAAAUUGAUAAGCUUUAUAAUCAAAAAAGAAGUUUGGAAAAACAGUUUCAAAAAUUGCAAGUCGAAUACCAGAUUUUAGAAGAAAUAAACAAAUUGUCAGUAGAGAAAAUACCUAAAGAAAAUAUAAUGCCUACUUUGUGUUCUUUUGAUAAUCAGUAUCAGAAAGAAAUUGAAGUGUUAAAAGAUGAAAACAACUCUCAAAAAGCUGUAAUUAAUAAACUAACAACUCAGUGUACUGAUUUACUAAAGGAAAUUAAUAUUUGUCACGAAAAAAUAAAUUUUAUGAAUAUUAAAAUGUUGGAAGAAGAAGAUGACCAAGAUAAUAAAUACUUGUCCCCAGAAAAUCUAAGUAUAAGUUCUGAUAGUUUUACUGAUGAUAUUAUAUUACAAGCUAAAGAGAAAUUAAGACAAUUAGAAGAAGAGAGUGCACAGCUAGAUGUAAAAUACGACAGUUUUAUUAAUAAAAAAGUUUCCUGA